AAGUGCGUGUACACGUUCCAUCCAAGAUGGUGGCCACCAGGCGAGCAGGACGCGUGAGUUCUUCGUCUGUCUGUAAAAGCGACGAAAUCGAUGUGCAGGCCACUCCUUCCACAAGACGGGUAAGUAGGAGAACAGCGAAACAAGCAGAAAGCUCCACCAACAGUGAGCCAGAACAGGAUGGCAGCCGUCUUGAAAGGACAGUAGCGAAACCAGUGGCGUCUUCACCGGAGUCUCGAGUCAAAAGAUGCACGCGGUCGUCAAGACUGCACAGCCCGGAGCACUCCACGACUCCUGCUGGCUCCAUCCAUGAAGCAGAUGAGUCCGACUUGGAGUCCUGCUGUUCCGUGGUGUCCAAUCCCGAAGCGCUGCUGACCCGCAGCAGCAGCAGGAGGCGGCCGGUGCGCCAGGCGGAACAGGGUGAAGAGGAGACCCCGGAAGUGGAGUCAUGUCCUUCUGCUGUAUCUGCGCCAGCAUCAAGCCGCAGUGCAAGGAGAAAAGCCCCUGGAAAUCCGGACCCAGCGGAGAAGGAAACGCCUGUGUCCGGUGUCAGGAGAAGUCAGAGACAGGCUGGUCGGAGCAGAUCGUCUACCAAACCUCAGCCGGUUGGCUAUGAGGACUCAGACGUUGAGAGCUGCUCAUCUAUUGGUUCAGAGCAGAGGGUUUCACUACGAAGAUCCACCAGGUCCAGGAGACCAGCCGCCACGAUUCCCAUCCACCUGGAGGAGGCCUCAGACAGCUCCGCUACGACUCGCCGUGGUAGAACCCGUGCGGCCAAACAAGACGCAGACCAGGGUCCCGACAGUGAGUCAGAUGGCUUCGAGUCCGGCCCCAACCACAGCCUGCUGAAUCGGAGGCGUGGGAGAAGCCGCGGUCCAAAAACGAUAGACUCUGACUGGACUGACCUGUCCUCUGCACCGGUCAGCCCCAGCAAAGGAACCCCAUGCAGCAGUCGGGCCAGUUCAGGUCACAGCUGCCGAGUGGUUCUGGAGAUGCUGGCGGCUCCUGCGCCCCUCGAUGAGUCCGUGUUGGAGCGCACAGUGAUCUGUGAGGAGGAGGCUGACACCACCCUGGUGGAGGAAGACAAGAGCCAGACAGAUGUCAUGGUCACGCAGGAGCCUGCAGCUGCUGAAGAGGAGCUCCAAGAUGUUCCUGAGAACAAUACAGACCAAGACCAGGAGCAGAGGUUAACCUCUGAGACAAGUCAGGCGGCAGUGACUUCAGCUGACCAGCAGGAGGAGCUGUCUGCCGGCGAGAGGUGCGUCUCAGAAAUGGAAGCCAUGCAGGAAACAGCUCCGUCGUCAGAACCAUUUGGGCCUGCUUCAGUGACGGAGAGUGAUUCAGAGAAGACUGGAGGGAAAGAAGAAGCCAUGGAAACUGCUGAGGAACCAGUUCAGGCUGCAGAUGCACACAGUCCGGAGGAGGCAGUGGAAGGUAGUGUCGACGCUGAACCUGUCAUGGUCAUGUCGGGUCAGGAGCAAAGAGUCAUUGUGGACUCAGAUGCUGAAGAGCAGCAGAGCGAUGUUGUCAUCCAGAAGACCAAAACCAUCAGCCUUCUGGACAGCAGUGAUGAAGAAUACUCUGAGGAGGAGGAAGAGGAGGAGCAGGAGGAAGGUGGAGGAGAGGUGAGGCCGCAGACCUCCAACAAGUCUCCGGCCCUCACAGAGUGUGUGAAUGGACUCUUCAUGAUCGACACUCGGCCUGGAGGAGAGGCGGAUGAUGACUUCUACAAGGAGAGGCCUGCUGGAGAGGACGCCGACAGGAGAGGAGAGGAAGAUGAGGAGAAGAUGUCGGAGGAGGAUGGUGAGGAUGAGGACGACGACGAUGAAGAUGACGACACGCACUUCCUGUUUUCAAGUAGAGAUCCUCAUGUGAAAGAGUUGUCCAGCCGUAUUGACCCGGGCAUCAGAGUGAAGGAUCUCGGGGGUUUAUACAUCAAUUUUGAUGGCGGCAAAUCAAAACCUGCCUCCAGUUCCUGGCAGAAGCUGAGGGAACAGAAGAGCCACGAUGAGGUGAUGAAGAAGAGCGUGAUGGGAGCAGAGUUUGAGAAGAAGGCAGCCGCCCCGCCGUACGCAGAGAGUAAACACAAGCUGAAGGCCAAGAACAAAGCAGAGCGAGAGAAGUCCACGGGAGACGGCUGGUUUAACAUGAAAGCACCCGAACUGACCAAAGAGCUGAAAGAUGAUCUGCACCUGCUCAAGAUUCGAGGCUCACUGGACCCAAAGAGGUUCUACAAGAAGAACGACAGGGACGGGUUUCCAAAGUAUUUCCAGGUCGGGACAGUGGUGGGAAACCCAGCCGACUACUAUCACUCACACAUUCCCAAGAAGCAGCGGAAGAGGACCAUGGUGGAGGAGCUGCUGGCCGACGCCGAGUUCAGACAAGCAAACAAAAAGAGGUAUCAGCAGAUUUUGACAGAGAAAGCAGCGGAAGCGGCGGGGAAGAGAAACAAGAAGAAAAAGUUCAUGAAGAAGCGAAACUGAAGAAUCUCCAUACGAUGAACUUGAGUUCUACAGCUUGAAAGAGUGCUGUGCUUUUUAUUGGGCGCUGACCCUCGGCCAUUUUAAAAAUCAAGUGCUGUCUGCUGUGCAGUUUGUCAUCUAAAAAAAAACAAUUAUGACAAAUGGAAAUAAAAAUAAAAAUAUUUCCCCUUGCAA